CGAGAGCGUUGACCAAAACUUUGAAGUCGCGCGAGGAGGCGCGCCGUCGCCGCCAUGAACAUCUCCCACUCCAUUCCCUCCACCGUCACCGGUAUCUCCUUCUCCUUCCUCACUACCGACGACGUCAAGCGCAUAUCCGUCAAGCAGAUCGUGAACCCUGUCCUCCUCGACGAUCUCAACCGACCUAACAAUGGCGGUCUCUACGAUCCCGCCCUCGGACCCAGUGAGCGGAACGAUAUCUGCGCGACAUGCCGCCUGAGCUACUUCACCUGUCCCGGGCACUUUGGGCACAUCGAGCUCCCCGCACCAGUCUUCCACCCCCUCUUCAUGUCGAACAUGCUGAACCUGCUGCGAGGGACGUGUCUCUUCUGUCACCAGUUCAAGAUGUCAAGAACGGUGUUGUGGAAGUACAUGGCGAAGCUCAAAUUGCUGGAGAGGGGACUGUUGGACGCGGCGCAGGGUGUCGACGAUAUCCACAUACGCGUGUCACGUCGGAGUAGGGAUAAGGACGCCAUGGAUGUCGACGUGCCUGCUCAGACGAAGUCGGUGGACGAGACGCCUGAGCAGUUCAUGAUGCGUUUGAACUUGUAUGUUGCUCUGCAAAUACGGCGCGCAUCGACUAGCAAACGCGACAACUACAAGGAUGGCCUUGUAUACCAGACACGGAAGGACGUGAUCCAUGACUUCCUUAAGGCUACGAGCUUGAACAGGUGUCAGAACGAGGCAUGUGGCUGCCCCGCGUAUACCUUCCGAAAGGAGGGCUCGACCAAGAUUAUCGAAUACGAUCUGUCAAUAAAGCAGAAGGCGCAGCUCACGCGGAGACGGCCGGACGUCCUGGCUCUCGAGCGACUGAGCGCGCAAGCAGCAGCAGCUCAGGAGAACGCUACCGGUCCCCCUUCCGACGUCGAGGACGAGGACGACGAAACCGACGAAGGCGAGGCCGACGAUCUCACGCCAGGCGCUACGACAGACGCCAACGCCCUUCCCCGCGCCGCGAACGGGAAGGUCAAGACAAAGCGUGGGCGCAAUGAGCGCGUCAUGGCUCCCGAGGAGUGCCGCGCGCAUCUGCGCCGGCUCUUCCGCAAGGAGCCCGUGAUGUGCGCACUCAUCUACGGCCGACACGGCGCGUGCGCCCCCUCGACCCCCAUCGCCUCCGCGGACAUGUUCUUCCUUGAGGUCAUCUCCGUCGCCCCUACGCGUUUCCGCCCGCCUGCGAAAAUGAACGACACGUUGUUUGAACACCCGCAGAAUGAGCUGUUGGCAAAGGUGCUCAAUACGUGCUACCGGCUGCGCGACCUGAAUGUGAACUUGCGGCAAGCGUCGGAGAAGGGGGCGGAGUUCAAUGACACGGAGAGGAGGAGGGUGAUGGGGAUGCUGUUAGAGGCGUUGGUGCAGUUGCAGGUGGAUGUGAACAGUUUCAUGGACAGCAGCAAGAACCCGGCGCCGAUGCGACAAGGGAAGCUGCCCCCUCCUGGUGUGAAGCAGGGCCUCGAGCGGAAGGAAGGUCUGUUCCGUAAGCACAUGAUGGGUAAGCGCGUCAACUACGCCGCUCGCUCCGUCAUUUCGCCCGACGCCAACAUUGAGCCAAACGAGAUCGGUAUACCACCCGUCUUCGCGCGCAAGCUCACCUUCCCGGAGCCUGUUACGCACCACAACGUGAACGCUCUUCGCCAACUCGUCAUCAACGGACCUCGCAAUCACCCCGGCGCGGCGAUCAUCGAGCACGAAGAUGGUCACAAACAGUCUUUGGACAAGCUUACUGUCGAGCAGCGUACCGCGCUCGCCAAUCAGCUUAUGACCCCGCAAGGCGACACGCACAACCGACAUGGACUGUCGACAAGAACACCCGCAAUCAACAAGAAAGUGUACCGACACUUGCAGGACGGCGACAUGCUCAUUCUGAAUCGUCAACCCACCUUGCAUAAACCGAGUAUGAUGACACAUCGAGCGAAGGUGCUGCAGGGCGAGAAGACCAUUCGCAUGCACUACGCAAACUGUAACUCGUACAACGCUGACUUCGACGGUGAUGAGAUGAACAUUCAUUUCCCUCAGAACGAGAUCGCUCGCGCCGAGGCUACCUUCAUCGCCAACACCGACAACCAGUACUUGGUACCCACAUCCGGCAACCCUUUGCGUGGCCUCAUCCAAGAUCACGUCGUAGCCGGUGUCUGGAUGACUUGUCAAGAUGCCUUCUUCGAGCGCGAAGAGUACUUCCAGCUACUAUACGGUGCGUUACGACCGGAGGACCAGACGGUCGCAACCUCAAGAAUCGUCACAUUGCCGCCGACCAUCUGGAAGCCGAGGCCCUUGUGGACGGGAAAGCAGAUCAUCUCCACUGUCCUCAAGAACGUCACCCCUACUGAGUUCGACGGCAUCACGCUCAACGCCAAGACGAAGGUUCCCGGAAAGCUCUGGGGCAACGCAUCCAAGGAGGAUAAGGUCAUCUUCAUGGACGGCGAGCUCUUGUGCGGUGUCCUCGAUAAGGCUGCCUUUGGUGCCUCCGAAUACGGUAUCGUGCACUCUGUAUAUGAGCUCUAUGGUGCCGAUGUCGCUGGCCGCCUUCUUGGCAUCCUCUCCCGCCUCUUCACUAAGUUCUUGCAGCAUCGCGCCUUCACGUGUCGCAUGGACGAUCUCAUCCUCACUCCAAACGGUGACGCGACGCGCCGCGACAUCCUCGCGAAGAACAAGGAGCUUGGCACGGAGGCUGCCAUCGAGAAUUUCCCCUCGCUCAAGGGCGUGGCCAAGGAGGAGGUUCCGACCGUCCUGCGUUCCCUCCUCGGCGAGGUUUUGCGCGACGACAACAAGAUGGCUGGACUGGAUGUGACGGUCAAGACCCGCCUCUCCUCGCUCACAUCGAAGAUCUCCGACGCCUGCUUGCCUGACGGUCUGUACCGCAAAUUCCCGCACAACCACAUGCAGGCCAUGACGCAGUCCGGUGCGAAGGGCUCGGCUGUCAACGUUCGCCAGAUCUCCUGUGGUCUUGGGCAGCAGGAGCUCGAAGGUCGCCGUGUUCCGGUGAUGGUAUCUGGCAAGACGCUGCCCUCCUUCAAAGCCUUCGAGACGAAAGCCAUCGCCGGUGGCUACGUCGCCAGCCGCUUCUUGACCGGAAUCAAGCCCCAGGAGUUCUACUUCCACUGCAUGGCCGGUCGCGAAGGUCUCAUCGACACCGCCGUCAAGACCUCGCGCUCCGGCUACCUCCAGCGCUGUCUCAUCAAGCACCUCGAGGGCAUCCGCGUGCACUACGACAACACCGUGCGCGGGAGCGACUCCAGCGUCUACCAGUUCAACUACGGCGGCGACGGGCUGGACGUGACGAAGCAGAAGCACCUGUACCAGUUCGACUUCAUCGCGCAGAACGAGGUCUCGUUCGUCAACCGGCUGCGCCCCUCGGAGGUCAGCACGGUCACGGACAGCAAGCUCGCGGCGUCGUAUAUGAAGAAGGUGCUUAAGAAGUCGUUGGUGAGGGAGGGCAACACGCCACCGCCGCGCAACCAGUUCGACCCCGUGCUUUCGGUGUACAAUCCCGCGAAGUACCUUGGCGCGACGUCGGAGCAGUUUGCGACGGCGGUGGGCGAGUACGCGAAGAAGAACCCGAGCAAGCUACUAUUGCUGAAGGGCGAGGAGGACCCAAUCAAGCGGAAGAAGGCGCUGGUGAAGGUGAACAACUUCAAGACGCUCAUGAACAUUAAGUAUAUGCGCAGCCUGGUCGAACCGGGCGAAGCCGUCGGACUACUUGCGUCGCAGGGUGUCGGGGAGCCGUCCACGCAGAUGACGCUGAACACUUUCCAUUUCGCCGGCCACGGUGCCGCCAACGUCACCCUCGGUAUCCCCCGCCUGCGCGAAAUCGUCAUGACUGCCUCGCAAAAACCCAAGACGCCCUCUAUGACCAUGAAGGUCCGCAAGGGCGUCUCCGCCGAGGACAUCGCCCUGUUCUGCAAGCGCGCCUCGCGCCUCACGCUCUCCCAAAUCGUCGACACCGUCACCGUCAAGGAGCGCCUCGUCGUCGAGGGCGACGCGCGGCGCACGCGCUUCGCCGUCGAUCUCGCUUUUUUCCCGCGCGCCGAGUACGCCGCGGAGUACGAUGUGGAACCGGCGGAGAUCCUGGCCGCGUUUGCGACGCGCUUCCCGCUGACGCUGAAGAAGGAACUGCAGGCGGAGCUGAAGAAGCUGGAUGCGGAUCUGCGCGCGCAGAUCCAGGAGCUGGGGAAGGGGAUGAAGCCGAGGGAGACGGAGGGACAAGAGUCGCCGGAUGAUGAGGAUGGCGAGGCUGCUGCUUCUGCGCCGAGGAGACGGGACGACGAUGAGGAGAGCGAGGACGGUGACGGCGAUGCGGAUGAGGAGAAGCGGCAACGCCAGCGCAAGCAGAUGGCGACGUACGAGGAUGACGAGGAUGAGGAAGAUGAGGACGAGGUACAGGGCGAGAUAGGCGAGGAGGAGCUCGAAGCCGCGUUCGCGUCUGACGAUGAGGAGGAGAAAGUGCAGAAGGAGGUCAAGGGCGCGAAGAAGCGGGGCAUAGCGAAGCAGGUCGACAAGGUCCGGAAUGUCUUCAAGAAGAACCUGGUGCAGGCCGUCGACUUUGACUUUACCGAGUCGCACUGUACGUUCCAAAUUGAGUUCUCCUCGGAUAUGCCCAAGCUGUUGUUCGUCGGCAUUGUCGAGCGAACAUGUAAGGCGACCGUCGUGCGCGAGAUCAAGGGUAUCACGGACUGCUUCGCCGUCAAGGACGAUAGCAAGAACAAGGCCGAACCCGAGAUCAAGCUCACGACGAAUGGCUCCAACCUGCCCGGUGUCUGGGACUUCACCGCGGACCUGGAGGAGAGCAUCAUCGACGAGGACGACAUGUACUCGAACGAUAUCUACGCGAUCCUCAAGACGUACGGUGUCGAGAUGGCGCGGGCGGCGAUCUUGCGCGAGAUGGGUGGUGUCUUCGGCGCGUACAACAUUCAGGUGGACCGCCGGCAUCUGGAGCUCAUCGCCGACUACAUGACCUUCGAUGGCGGCUACAAGCCCUUCAACCGCAAGGGUAUCUCAACAAACUCCUCGCCUCUGCUCAAGGCGUCCUACGAGACCACUGCUGCGUUUUUGUCAGACGCGACGCUGUACGGUGACUACGACGACCUAUCCAGUCCGUCAGGAAACGUCGUAAUGGGCAAGCCGAACCGGAUCGGCACAGGUGUCUUCGAUGUGGUCAUGCCGUUGCCACAAUAGUAUAUUCCAGCUGUGUUGUCUCGAAAAGUAGCAUACGUAUCUACUGCUCCUUGCUAUCUUGUUGUACUGUAGUGACUGUAAUUGAACCUGGUCCCUCAUCGCAUAUUCUAUCAAAAACCCAGGCGCCCUCGUCCCUUCCCAAAUGUACCCGAAUUAAGCGGUUUUUUUCAUGCCU